CCCGGGCCCUUGACGGCGCGCAUGCUCACGCAGGCGCUGUCUGGCGCUUUUCUUAACCUCUGAGCUGCGGACCGCCAUUGAGCCGGGUCAGGGGCUCCAGAAAUUUCGACCCCGUGUUCCUGAGGCACAGCAGUCACCAUGGCCAAGUACCUGGCCCAGAUCAUUGUGAUGGGCGCACAGGUGGUGGGUAGAGCCUUUGCUCGAGCCUUGCGGCAGGAAUUUGCAGCUAGCCGGGCAGCAGCUGACGCUCGGGGCCGUGCAGGACACCAGUCUGCAGCUGCAUCCAACCUCUCUGGCCUCAGCCUCCAGGAGGCCCAGCAGAUUCUCAACAUCUCCAAGCUGAAUGCAGAGGAGAUCCAAAAGAACUAUGAACACUUAUUUAAAGUGAAUGAUAAGUCCGUGGGUGGCUCCUUCUACUUGCAGUCAAAGGUCGUCCGUGCAAAGGAGCGCCUGGAUGAGGAACUCAAAAUCCAGGCCCAGGAGGACAGAGAAAAAAGUCAGAUGCCUAAAACAUGACUGUUCAUCUUCCCCUAUAUCCCAACCCACUGCCUCUUAAUUUAUAGCUCAGUAAUAAAUGUCUUUCCUGCAUU